AUGGAAGGAAUCAACGACAGCAUGAAGGCAGCUUUUGAGAAGGUCAACGGCUAUAGAACAAUUGUCCAUCUCUUUAAUGUGGCGUGGCAGUUGAUGUCCUGGACAUCGAAUGGAAUUAAUGAUGAUUCCAUUUUGAGAAAGUCUCUACCAGCUGAGUUAACUACUGCGAUGAAGCAGCUGAAUGAGGGUGCGCUCACCUCACCAGAGUCGCAACAACAGCAGCAACUUCCGUCGAUUGGUGUGAUGCAGCAGAUGUUUAAAAGUAUAUCAUCCUUAUCAGAGAUGCACCAUCAGCAGCAGCUUCCACAGGAGCAAAACUCGCAGCAACAAGCAGCAGUCGCAGCAGAACCAAAGCCAAAGCCAAAGCCAGAACCACAGCAGAAGCCAAAGCCGCAACCGCAGCCAGAACCUCAGCAGAAGCGAAAGCAGCAGUCGCAGCCAAAGCCGCAGCAGAAGCCAAAGCAGCAGAAGCCGCAACCACAGCCAAAGCCGCAGCAGAAGUCAAAGCAGCAGAAGCCGCAACCACAGCCAAAGCCGCAGCAGAAGCCAAAGCAGCAGAAGCCGCAACCACAGCCAAAGCCGCAGCAGAAGCCAAAGCAGCAGUCGCAGCCAAAGCCACAGCAGAAGCCAAAGCAUCAGAAGCCGCAACCACAGCAGAAGCCAAAACAUCAGAAGCCGCAACCACAGCAGAAGCCAAAGCAGCAGAAGCCAAAGCAGCAGAAGCCGCAUCCGCAGCCAAAGUCGCAGCCACAGCACCGGCUAGGAAACCACUCAGGGACCCUCGCUCUCCGCCGGCAGCCAAAAGUGAUCGCCCUUCUACGUCUGCGAAAACCGAACGUUCGUCCUCAUCAAGCGAUCGCAAUCGCUCGUCUUCGAAAAGCGAUCGCAAUCACUCGUCAUCAAAAAGCGAUCGCCAUCACUCGUCAUCAAAAAAAAGCGAUCGCCAUCGGUCAUCUUCGAGAAACGAGCGCCAUCGCUCAUCUUCGAGAAACGACCGCACUUCUGUAUCGAGCGAUCACCACACAAGUACGGCAAGCACGAGGGCUGAUUGCCAAGCGUUGAAUACAUCUGUUUGCGCUGUUGAGCAUUUACAGCCUCCUCUACGAUCCGUAAUAGCAUCCAAGGGGAUUAGGCUAUCACAAUCUUCAAGGGCGAGAUCAAGCUCGCGUUCAGGCU